AUGGAUGAAGCAGGACCUUCUCUUCCUCCAGCGCCGGGGAACCGUCAAGAGCCGUUCGAAGAUGAAACCUUCUCGGAUGCCAUCCAAGGGUAUCUUCUUCCGAAUGAUGAUAAAGAGAUGCAGCGCUUGGAACUGGUUGACCAGAUGAUAAGAUUUGCCAUGGGGGGAUUGCACUUUGCGCCAGUCGGCCCAAAUCCCCAAAAAGUGUUGGAUAUAGGCACGGGGUCGGGAUCUGUGAUUGGAAAUGACCUGAGUCCCACGCAACCUGCGAGUCUAAGCAUCCCUCCAAAUGUCAGAUUCAUUGUUGACGACGUGGAGGAAGAGUGGGAAUAUGACGAUUCCCCCUUCGAUUUCAUCCACUCCCGCUAUAUGGUUUUCGCUAUCAAAGAUAUGAAGCAUCUAAUUCAGCAAUCCUUCAACGCUCUCAGACCUGGGGGCUGGAUUGAAGUCCAGGAUUUCGACUCGAAGAUCAAUUCCCCAGAUGACACCAUCAAGGGCACAUGCCUUGAGCAUUGGGACAAGUCCACCGUGGAUGCAUUUGCCAAUAUGGGAUUUUGGACCAGAUUAGAGCCAAGUUUUGCAGAAUUGCUUCAGGACGCUGGUUUCAUUAAUAUCCAAAUGAGAAAAUUUCCCAUUCCCUUGGGAAAUUGGGGCCCUGACGAAAACAAUGCAGUUUUGGAGGCGGCCUCGAUGGCAGUUUUGACCCGUAGCGGAUGGACUGAGCAAGAGGUGUAUGCAAUGUGCGCGGGAGCACGGAAUGAUACAAGAAAUCAUGAUAUCCAUGCUAAGAUGGACUUCUAUGUUUUCACGGCGCAGAAACCGCUGGCUUCGACGGAUGAACCGGAUAACCCCUGA